GGCCGCCGCGCCGCUGCCAGGGGGAGAGGCGCCUCGUCGUCGGGGGGCAACAUGGGCGACACGUUCCUGGGCAAGCUGGUGACGAACCCCGGCGUGAUGGGCGACUUCAUGAAGUUCUACGGCACGCUUGCGAAGGCGCUGGAGAAGCGCGACAAGAAGAAGACCGCGCAGCGGCUCGGUUUCGGUGGAGACGACGAUGAUAGUGAUGACGACGACGAGGACUCCAGUGACAGCCACGACUCCGACAGUGGCGAGGAGAGUCCCGGAGACGACCUGGACGGCUUCGCGCGCCGCGCCCUGUCCGGCAUGGCCGCCAAGAUGGGCGGCGUCAGCGACCUGAAGUUUGGCGAGGCGCGGCUCGACCGCUCCUCCGACGAGGACUCCGACGAGGACGAUUCGGACACGGACCACGAGAUGAACGAGAUGGUGUACGUGUGGAACGCCGUGGAGAGCAGCAGCAGCGAAGACGAGGCGGAGCAGGCGCAGCCGGGGACGGCCCGCGUCAAGUACGUGCGCUUCCGAGACGAGGAGUUCGCCUCGGCGGUGGCGGCGGCGACGCGCAUCGCCCGGCUGUCGCUGACCCAGCUCAUGCGGACCCGCAAGGAAGACGACCUGUUCUGCGAGGUGAAGAAGGACAAGCACAUCGAGGCUGUGCUCAAGGCCCUGGGCAACGGCACCAAGGAUGUGGCCGCCCUUCACCUGGAGGACGCCCAGUGGGCCACCUGCAAGAUGUACUCGCCUCUGCUGGUCAAACUGCUGGCCAGCUACAAGGAAAGCAUGCGCACGCUGAGCAUGACAAACCGCCUGCUGCUGCAGCCCAACAACGGCAAGAAGAAGGACUGCAUCUGGAAGGUGGUGUCCAGCAUGCCGCACCUGGAGGAGCUGCGCCUGACGUACAUGCCGCUGUCCCUGCACUACUACACCUACCGCGGGGAGCUGAGCGUCGACGACCACUACGGCCUGCCCUCCGCCGCAACCAAGCAGGCGCCCGCCGCGCUGCCCGCCCUCAAGCGCCUCCACCUGCACCUGACAACGGACUGGUUCCAGCAGCAGUUCCGCGCCGCCAUCGACGGCGGCCCCGACUACGAGGACUUCGAGUACGAGAGCGCGGGGGGCGGCGAGCGCGAGGAGGAGCAGGAGGACUUCCUCGUGGACCUGCUGGCCGCCAAGGGGGACGCCGUGACCGUGCUGGACAUGGCCUGCGUCCAGAAAACGCGCAUGGAGCUGGAGAUCGUGGACCUGCUGGCGGGCUUGCACAACGUGCGGUCCAUCGGGGUGCGCGUGGAGCUGCUGCACGUGACCGAGAAGAUGUCGAAGCUGCAGGGCGCCACGGUGGUGUUCCACCACACCCCCGCCCCGAAGAGCGACGCGGUGGUCAAGGCGGCGGCCGUCAUCGCCGCGGCCCCGGCGACCUGGGCGGGGCUCAAGCAGCUCACGUUCGCGGUGCCCAGCAAGGCGCCGUUCUCCCUCGCGCUGUUCGCCAAGGCCCCCGAGAAACUCGUGCGGAAGGCGCAAGCCAGCUGGAACCAGGUGCUGACCGCCGUGGCCGGGGUGUGCUGCUCGCUGAAGUGCUUGACGCUGGAGGGCUGCGGCUGGAGCGCGGACGCGCUGCACCAGAUCCUGGCCAAGAACCCUUCGCUCGAGGAGGUAGUGCUGGACGAGAACCCCGAGCUGGAGCCCCGCCACCUCGCCCUGCUCAAGGACCUGGCCGCCCUGAAGCGCGUGCAGCUCAGCCCGACUCUGCGGCGCGCCGUCAAAGGCUCCGAGCUGGCGACCCUCGUGGCGCAGUGCCAGGAGGAGUGGGCCCGGCGCGGAGUGGGCGUGCAGUGGGGCAAGAAGGCUGCGGACAGCGCCUAGCGGUGUUGGCCUCCCACUUCAGGCUGACGCUGUGGCUGACUGCUGGCGUCAUGAGUUAAUACCUGGGCGUCAACUUUCUGAUGGGCUUUUCGUUUUCAAUUUGAAUUGUUGUGAUGGUCCCAUUCAUGCUGCUUGAAUAUGUAUCAUCGUAGUGGACUCGCUUGAUUUGCACAUAAUAUCUCGAAGGACUCAUUUCAUUCGGUUUGAACAUUUGUCAUUUGUGUGUCGGUUGGAGAUGUGCGAGUACAUGGACACAUCACUUAUUUCUUUCAUUUUUUUUACUUUUUCUUGCCCUUUUGUCUACUUAAAAACGAGUUCGUCACUUUGUGUUAUUUAGAGAAAUAAAGCCCUUACAUGGACAUUCA